UUAGACUUUGAUCAGAUGAGCACAAACUUAAUGCUUUCAAACUGCAAUCUGUAGGCGGAAACGGAGGGAGGAAUUUUGCUGUGAUUUAUAACGGAUAUUUCGUUGUGUUAUACAGAAAUGUCUCGAGCCGCCGAUCGACUCAAGAGAGUUAUUCAUCAUUUGGAUCGCCCGAGGCCCCAGCUUACAAAGACAGUUUUUGACACGUCUGCACAAUCGGUGUCAUGUCACCAUCCUUCAGCAUUCCGCUAUACCCUGGACACGGACGUUCUGUCUCCUGAGCAGAGAUUGUUUUAUGAGUCAAACGGAUAUCUGCUCAUUAAGAAUCUGGUGUCUGAUGAGGACAUUGACAAGUUCAGAGAGGAGUUUGAGAAGAUCUGCAGGAGGGAGGUUGAAGUACCUGGGCUGUUGGUGAUGAGGGACAUUGCCAUUGCUAAAUCCGAGUUUGUUCCUGACCAGAAAGCAGUGUCCAAACUACAGGACUUCCAGGACGACCCAGAACUCUUCAGAUUCUGUACUCUUCCCCAGAUCGUGAAGUAUGUGGAGUGCUUUACAGGUCCAAACAUCAUGGCUAUGCAUACUAUGCUGAUCAAUAAACCCCCUGACACAGGCAAGAAGACCUCCCGACACCCCAUGCACCAGGACCUGCACUACUUCCCCUUCCGGCCCUCUGACCGCAUCGUGUGUGCCUGGACGGCCAUGGAGAGGGUGGACCGCAGCAACGGCUGCCUCGUGGUGCUGCCAGGGACUCACAGGGGGACCCUGAAACAGCACGACUACCCGGCAUGGGAGGGUGGCGUGAAUAAGAUGUACCAUGGUGUUCAGGAUUAUAGCCCCGAGCAUCCUAGAACGCAUCUUGUAAUGGAGAAAGGGGACACGGUGUUCUUCCACCCACUUUUAAUCCAUGGAUCAGGGAUGAACCGCACCCAGGGAUUCAGGAAGGCCAUAUCCUGUCAUUAUGCAAGUGCUGACUGUUACUAUAUUGAUGUGAAGGGAACAACCCAGGAAAACAUCGAAGAGGAAGUAAAGGGCAUUGCUUUACGAAAGCAUGGCCUAGGUGAUGAUAUUACACUCAAGGACACAUGGGCUUUCAGAGGGCGCCUUGUAAAGGGGGAGAGGACCUCACUGUGAUCACGCUUGCCAGACCAGGCCUUGAAUAUUGAACGAAUCAUUUGUACGUUCUGCAUUUAUAAAAAAUCUUCUCUAUUAUUCAUUUUACAAAUUUCUAAUAAUUUAUAACUCUGCCUUGUCAUUUAAAUUCUAGUCAUUUGUAAUAUCCUUAAUAACUCAAAGCAUUACUGUAUAUCAAAGUGCCAGGAAUGCAGUUACAUGCAGAAAAAUGUAUGCAUGUAUUAGUAGAUUCAUGAAACUUUAUAGUAGAAAUGUGAACCAUUUUUUAAUAGUAUUGUUGCGAAAAAUCUUGCCUCAAGAUUUAGCAACUACCUCUUUUCAUUCUAGGGUUAUAAUUUGUAGAAACAAACUAAUAUUUCAAAUUAAAUAAUACAGUACUAUUGGGAGAGGGUAAAUGUUAAGAGGGAAAAGUAGGUAAAAAUACAAAAGAGGCAGGUUAUAAAGAAAUGUUUUAACGUAAUUCUGCUAGAAUUCAUAAACUGAUCUAAAAGUUAAAGAGGAUUGUUGGAAGGCACUAAAAUUACUGUAGAUAGCAAGAAUGCACUUUAAACAAUGUGUGUAUUGUUUGUAUUUUAAAAUCAUAAACAGAUUGUUCAAAGAG